CGGGGGGAAAGGACGAGGAAGGGGGGGGUGAUGUCUAUUUAUCUACGGCCAUGGCUGAAAGCCUUCGCAAGAGAAGUACGGUCCAUGGUGCAUUCCUGGUCGCUGUCAUCCCAACAGUUAAGGUGACGCUGGCGCCCAGGAGAGUCGAUUCAAAAGUGCUGAUCUGCGACCUGCCCGCCCAGAUGUGUUCCGCACACACACACACAGACCAUCCACUAUUCCAGGGUCGGGGGAAGCUUGCCCCUCCGAGGAGAAAGACGUGAAGCUGGCUGCAAGCCACGAGCGCGUUCGGCUAAGGAGUAUGAGGCGGGAGCUCAUGGAAUGGUCGAUUCACUCCGUGGACACGAGUGGCCAGCAAUAUUUGCAAAUUAUAACAAAAAAAUCCCCGGUGCUCCUCCCUCCGACCCUCCUGUGGAUGGGGGUGUGCUCGCUCGUCGUGCGCGGGGCGGCCACUGGGCGGCCACAGGCGCGCACCGGGCAGAAACCCAGACGCGGCAGCCAGCGCACAGUGCGGCCACGAGGCGACCAGCGCCCGCCCACCGGGCGAGAACCCCGGGUUACCUGCCUAGUCACUCGAGGACGGGCCACAGCGAUGCUUAGAACGAAAUGGCGUUCAAAACAAAAAGGAAACGAAACCCAACGUUGAAAACCGCGCGCCCGGCAAGAGCAUGCCCUGCGCUGCGGAAAAAGGUGGCGGCGACGAAGGUGAAACAACAACAGCAGCAGCAGCAAGGGGCAGAGAAGGGAACGACACCCAGGGACCAGGACGAACCCGGAGCCGGGGAAGGGAGGAGAGCGAGCGACAGGAGGCGACCGCGACGAGGGGGAGGAGAGAGGGCGAAGCCCAGGCGACAGGCCGAGGGACGAGCAGGAGGGAGAGCAGGCAGAGGAGCGACGCAGGACAGCGGAAGGAGGGACGGCGACGCCACCCGGAAGGCAGGCGGGCGAGAGAGCAGCGCCGGCAUUCAGGCCUCUAAGGGUGCCCUCCCUAAGAAAUAUCGGUGAGAAAUCACACGUCAAGACCCCUCCGCUGGGCAAGCUGCCAGCAAAGGAGGGGAGGAGGGGAGGAGAGGCAGGCGCUGGGGACUAAGGCUCUCCGUGGCCCGCAGCCCACAAUAAGUCUGGCCGCCGAUGCCCACGAGGCCCGAGCCCCGCGCACCGUCGCCCCCUCUGGCGCUCUGUGCUCGCGGCGCCCCCUCUCGCCACGACGACGGCGAUGCGAUGGAGCAUCUCUCCCGCCGCACCGAGGCCUGUUCCCGGCCCUCUCCUCGGCCCAAAUCUCCAGGGGCGUGGCGCGGGGCGUGGCGCGGUCUGUCGCGUGACUUGUUCGGGCCCGAGAGGGCGCCCAGACGGGCCAAGGGGGCCCCGAGUCGCCGAACAAUCGCUCCAAGACGCUCAAGAGCGUCCGCGUCCUUGGACAUGCCGCCCUGGGCCUUGAACACGACUGGCCUGAACUGGAGGCCACGUAAGGGCCCCUCAGUGCAGGCACUACGUGGGCUACCAACAUGAAGAAAAUACAGUUCCCUGAUCAUAUUGCGUACCUCACUUGUGUAUCUCACCAGUGAAAGGAUUGAAACCUCGAGCGUAGUAGCACUUAUGGCACCACUUCUCAGAAGCCCAAAUGAAGCCGAUGUCGCCAACCGCGGAGCGGUUCUCGCAAAAGGCAAAGAGAAGGACGUAGUUAGCACGUCUGAUCCGACCACCAGUUCAGGUAGACACGCCCGUCCUCGCUUGGCGCCCUCGACAGCCUUCGGCCUGGCUCCGGCCUGAAGAAGUACAGAUCCCUCAUACCCACGUCGCCCACAUAGUUCACCCACUCUCCCAGCUCGUUCCAGAGCAAAGGAUCGUGUGGUGCCAGGCCCUGCACCUGCUUGCACUCGUAGAACCAUUCCGACAGGCCGUCUGUGCACCUCGUGUACAUGACUUUUCUUCGUGUCUACCACACAAACUUCCAACCGCUCUUCGCCAUCAUGCAGGAAGGAUCUGCCUAGAACAAAAUUCCAUCGGCACCAGCUCGGAAGUGAAAGUCGGCAUGUAUGCGCAGAUCUCACAUGUGCUCAUCUAAGGCCGAGUACUCGCACAUCGCCUUAGUGAAGAAUUGAAGUGGUUAAUGUGAUUGUAGCUUGUUCCCACAGUUUUUGCACAACGGCUCGUCUUACCUUCCCAAGCGUCGACGUCGGCGAUAUGUUUGGGAAAUUGGCAUCGGAAGUGUCAACGUCAAAGCUGUAUAUGUCGUGACAUAAAGCAUCGCGGAAGGGGGAACUUCCAAAGCUAGGAUGGUCAUACUCGCAGAAAGCUUCGGUGGGGAUGAACACGCAAACGCCAUACACCCAACAUAAUAAUAUAAAAUAGCGAAGUCUUGGCAAGCUGUCCCCAAACAUCUUCAGAUCUGUCUUUCGGGUCACUGGGUAAAUGAUGGCUCCGUUCUCGAGUGGCGCUGCUCCAUGGGAGAGGUAUCAGUUGCUCCCCUGCUUUGACGCGUGACCUCUCUUCAGAGUCGGGCCCCUUCCUCUCGGGGCCAUCGAACUCGAACCCUGCUGAGAGCCUGCCAGCGCCGCCUCCCGCGUGCUCGAAAUACCGCGUGUCGAAGUCGCACCCCUCGUUCGCCUUCUUGCCAGCAGCAGCGAGAUCAUCGCUGCGGAGGCCGCUGGCUCGCUGCGCGCCGCGCCCGCUUGCUGGCGACGGCGGCCGGGCCAGCCGAGCGCCGAGCCCGCCCGCCAACCUCAUCAGCAUCAGGGCGGUCGCAACCGCCAGCCUAUGCAGCGCCGCCAUCUCGGAACCCCGGUGCGCCAGGGCGCCUGGCGCCUAAUGGGAUCAGAGAGUGCAGGCUCGGCGUCGAAGUGCAGCGCUUCGUCCCGGGAGCCACGACGGCUGGAGCCU